AAAAUCAUGAAAACUGAAAUAAAAAUAAAUAAAACAUUUUACUUAAAAACAGCAAGGAAGAAGAGAGAGGUGUUGUUGCAGCUUUAAGCCAAGCAAGAUCUCUCCUUUUUGCAGCUUCUUCUUCUCAUCAUCUUCAUCUUUCUCCAAAAUCCCAACUUUCUCAUUCUCCGGGUUCUUCGUUUCCAGCAUCUUCGCGUGUUCUAACCUAAACCCAAAUCUCAGCGAUCGAUGGAAUAAAUAUUAUCAUCACGCGUCAAAAUCUGUGUCCUUUGUCCAGAUUCGAUUCACGCCAAAAUCCUAAAUUAGUGAAAUUUUUCGAGAGGGUUCUGAGAUUGAAUCUCAUCAGAUCGACCUAGUAACAAGGAAGCGAUGAAGAUGGCGACGAACGGCCGGUUUUUCACAAUCGGGCUAGUCACGUCUUGGUACUCAUCCAACAUUGGAGUGUUGUUGCUGAACAAGUACUUGCUCAGCAACUACGGAUUCAAAUACCCCAUCUUUCUCACCAUGUGUCACAUGACGGCUUGUUCGCUGCUCAGCUACGUCGCCAUUGCUUGGUUGAAGAUGGUUCCGAUUCAGACGAUUCGAUCCCGAGUUCAGUUCUUCAAGAUCUCAGCUCUAAGUCUCGUUUUUUGUGUGUCGGUGGUCUUUGGAAAUAUCUCUCUUCGGUUUCUCCCUGUUUCGUUUAACCAGGCCAUUGGUGCUACGACGCCGUUUUUCACCGCUGUGUUUGCUUACUUGAUGACGCUUAAGAGGGAGGCUUGGUUGACUUACUUCACUCUCGUCCCUGUUGUCACCGGAGUUGUUAUUGCUAGCGGGGGUGAGCCAAGCUUUCACCUGUUUGGUUUCCUUAUGUGCAUUGCAGCCACAGCUGCGAGAGCACUUAAAUCAGUGCUUCAAGGAAUUCUACUUUCGUCUGAAGGGGAAAAGCUAAACUCCAUGAAUCUCCUCCUUUACAUGGCGCCAAUAGCUGUCGUGUUCCUUCUGCCUGCUACUCUUCUUAUGGAGAAAAAUGUUGUCGGCAUUACAAUUGCACUUGCAAGAGAUGAUUUCAGGAUCGUUUGGUAUCUUCUAUUCAAUUCAGCGCUCGCCUAUUUCGUCAACUUGACAAAUUUCUUAGUCACGAAACACACUAGCGCCCUCACUCUGCAGGUGUUAGGAAACGCCAAAGGAGCAGUAGCAGUGGUGGUCUCUAUUCUAAUCUUCAAGAAUCCGGUUUCAGUAACCGGAAUGCUAGGUUACUCCCUCACUGUCUGUGGAGUUAUCCUCUACAGCGAAGCCAAGAAACGAAGCAAAUGAGAACACCAAACACACACACACACACACACACACUAAGGCCUAAGCUUCUUCUUCAUCGUUCCUUCCUCUAUAUAUCUAUAUAUGUUUUAUAUUUUCUCCCAUAUGGAAACACAGGCAAGUAGUCUCUUUUGCUGUUACCAAAAUCUUACACAGCAUAACUGACUCUUGUCUUAAUGAAAAGUUGGGCCAAAAGCAUGGAAUUUUUGUGGCAGAAACACGAGAAGCAAAGCAACACUAGGAUGAUUGAUUACCAAAGGCAGGAAUUUAGAGAACUUCAUAUGAAUAAGUAACCUUUUAUUUUUAUUUUUGUUCUUUCUCGGAUUCUCUUGCCAUUCUCGUAGGUUGUUUGUUGAAGUAGCUUUUUGUUUUCUUCGAUUCUUUUACAUUUUAGAUUCGUAAUGUCAACAUUUACAACAAUACCGAUUAAUUAAUCGAAAGAGAGAAAAUUUCUAAUGUUUUUCUUCUUAAA